AUGUCCGACUACAAGUUUAUCAACUCUUCCCAGAGUGUUCCCGACGCAAAAGAUCUCCCGAUCAACUACUCAAUCAAAGCGUCUCCUUCCACGGACGUCUGGGCCAAACCACCGGCAACGCACCGAUUCAAUGCUCCUAUAUUAUACAAAACCAUACCACUAAAAUCAUUCAAGCGGGUGCGAGUCUCGAUCGUCGCGGAAUGGAAGGUCCUCUACGACCAAGGCGGGCUGAUCAUCGUAAUCAACAACGGCAAAACCGACGAGCAACGCCAAUGGAUCAAGUGCGGAAUCGAGUUCACAAACAGCAAACCGCACAUCAGCGUCGUGGCCAAGGACCGAUGGGCUGAUUGGAGUCUGGUGCCGGUACCGUCUGGCGGACAGGCUGUGACGAUUGAGCUGGUGAGGGAGGAGGAUAAUACGCUGUGGGUGUAUCUGGUCGAGGGCAUCUCACGUGUCCCGUUGCGAGAAGUCACGUGGGCAUUUGAGCAGGAAGAGACGGCCGAGUGUUGGGUGGGCUCGUAUGCUGCCAGGCCUUCUUCUGCGACAACGGAUGAUUUGGUGGUGGAUUUUCGCCAUUUGGUGGUGGAAACCCACUGA